UGAAUUGCAAUUUGAUAAUUACAGUAUUUAAUUUUUUACGAAAUUUUGAAAAAUGAAUUAGGUGCAAAUCUUAUAGAAUGUUAUGAGACGAGUCGCAUUCGUUUGAAUUAUUUUCAAAAGUGCAUUUCAACAAAAACAAGAAUAUUACUUCUAUAAGAGUAUCUAUGGAAUGUUAACCUAACAGCCCUGCGCAUUCAGAAAUGUGGUCAAGGCAUCCGGAUCUGGGGGAAAACUGUAACUGUUCCAUGGACACCCUCAGCAUGUCAGCACUUUUUAUGACAGCCAAUUAAACAAAACCAACAUAAGCUCUUAUCACUCGAGUACCGCUCGUUUGCAUAAGCCUGAUAAGGAUUGGAAAAUUAGAUUAACGCGGAAAAUGCCUCCGCUAAUCGAUACAAACUAUGGAGGGUGAAAAGCUCCCCGAUAAAUAUGCAAUCAGUUCCAACAUGAAGACCUUUCAGCCCAGAGCAUCGUCCCGGAAGUCAACACUGGUGGCCAAAGAAGCCACCAAACGGUUCAAAGCCAAUCAACGGGAACGCAACCGGAUGCAUGGCCUAAAUGAUGCGUUGGAUCGCCUCCGGCGUUGCCUUCCGCUGCCUCAGCUGUACAGCGUGAUCGUCAAGUGCGACCAAACGGUUCCGCAAAAGCUGUCCAAGAUUGAAACGCUGCGUCUGGCGAAGAACUACAUCUGUCUGCUGUCGGAGGCGCUGCGUCGCAACCGAGCCUUGGAUCGCGACGAACUCAUGGACACGUUGUCGCUUCGGUUGAGUCAAAACACGUGCAAUCUGCUGCGAACUCGGCUGAAGUUGGAUGACGAUUUGAAGGCAGCACUGGUGGAACCCGGUUGUCAUCACAGAGACCCGUACGACUGCCGAUGCGAGGGAUUGUCCAGUUUCGGAUAUUGCAGGGCCGGAAUUAGAAUCGUGAGGGAAACAGGCGGUGCUUUGUAUGAAUAUGUGGAUGAGCAAUGUUCUUGCGUUGCCAAAUGUUUCAGAUUGCAAACUCUGUAA